AUGGUCCCAGGCGUCCUCGGAACCGAGUCUGCUCGCAGGCGACAAUUCUCCAGCUGCGACUACUGUCGUAAAUCGCGUAUCGCAUGCGACGCGUCUCAAUUACAAAGGCACCAGCAAACGACGUCCGGCAGUCCCGACGCUGGUUCGUCGUCAUCGCGAGUUCAGUGCACAAACUGUUCGAAGAGAGCUCUGCUGUGCACCUACGAGUGGAUUCGGGACCGUGGAAACAGGGAUGCAGAUGCCAACAGGCCAAGAACUCGCCAGCUCUCUCGUCGUUUGGCAACCGGUCGUUCUAGAAGAGCGGCCACGAGGGCACACGUAGCCAAUAGCCCAGAACCUUCUGAAGAGAUACAACAUGAUGUAGUAGGGCUAGCUGCAACGGUAGAGGCUGAUGACCAUUCCCAUUCUGAACUAUCCCGGCAAACCGAGGCCAGGGUACUGCAUGACCAUCUAUGGACAGUUUUCACUCUGAUAUUUGAGCCUGUUCUUACUCUCUGGACCGGCCCGGAUUGCAGCCCCUAUGUGGUGCCUGAUCAUAUGUCCAGUCUCACAAUGCUGCAGCUAGCUGUUUCCCUUGAUUGGGCCAAUUGCACCUGCAACACCGAUGGCCAUGUUCCACACCGUCAUCACUGCCCGAGAGGCGAUCGCGCCGUCCAACUAGCAUUAAUCUCAUCAGUACAUGCGUUCUCUUUCCGCUGGUUACCAUUGGUCACGGAUACUGCAACCGAUAGCCAGCAGCUUUUGUUGCUCGGCGAUCGCCUCUGGAACAAUGCCAAAUCCAGGAUCAUGGCCGUUUUUGACAAACUCAGCUAUCAAACAGCCUUGGCUUUGUAUUUGUUCGGAUUAACCCCAAUUUCCAAGGGAGCUUCUGUGGAUGUCGAGAAUGCCCACAGCGCUGGCGAGGUCAGCAUCGAUAUGGCGCUUCGUCAAAUUCACAGAUUAAGAGUAAAACGACGCGAUCUCAGGUUUUCCGGUACUGGCCUCUCAGUUGGCAGAAGCGAUGGAGAAACCCCCAUUAAUCACAACUCCGUAAACGAAGAUUUUAUCCACGCCGAGAAUAUGAUGUACUGGGCUGGUGUGGUGUUUGAUACCUCUUCGUCUAUGACCAGAGGAUGUCCUUCUAUUCUCUGCAGUGGCGUGUUUGGAUUUGAGGAAGAGCCAGUCUUCCGCCUCAUGAAAGCUCGAGUUCAACUAUUCCACGAAAGUACAGAGUCAUGGAGACAGAACGGAUUUGUUCCAACAAGUCAGGCUACACUAUAUAUUGUUCACCGGGCGUCCACCUGGAAAGGAUACACCUGGAAAAUAAUCGGAGCUUUGCGAGAAGCUAUAAAUCACGGCUACGGAGAAGCUGUCAUAACAAGGCUGCAAACACUCAUUGCUGAGGCUCUGAAUCGCUUCGAUAGAACGUUCAAACCCCUCCUUGCAGCCUGUGAGAAGCAUAUUCUAUUUUUCAGUAAAGAUGCUCGAUUGUGUUAUUACCUUCUUCAAAUGCACUAUUAUAUGGGACUAUUACUUCUAUGCAGCCUAGCUGUAUCUAUGGAACGCACGGAUAUGGUUCCAAUGUUCGACGCUGUUCGUCGCGACUCUGUUCACGCCAUUUUCAGCACAAUCAGCUUUGGUCUCAGCUGUCAGGUACCUCUUAGCCAAGACGGGACCCGACACACCCGCAAACUCUCCUCAUUGAUCAGCUUAGAUCCUUAUCCACACCAUAUUCUCGCAUCAUUGCAGCUGGCUACUCAUGUUUUGCUCAUCUAUCUGAAGCGAGAUGAGAUAACGCAAGACGCGUUCGAUAACUUUUGUCGAAUCGUGUUUGAUGCGCUCGAUGAGCUUCCCCAGUGCUUGCAGUCAGUACAGAGAGUGAAGAAGCUCUUGCAUGAGACACUGAGUACCGGUGGUCAUCAUCUUGAUACAGUGCGUGAGCCGGCUGCGAGCGUUUUGAGUACCUCGAGUAGACAGCCCCAUCAGCAAAGAACCCGUAACGACCGCCAAACAAAUAACGAAACAAUGGGUUCUGAGGAGUCAAGUGAUGUCAUCACCGGUACAAAUCAAUUGGCUUCUUCUUUUAGCAAGAUUGACGAAGCAGGACUUGGCUGUUUAGCAGAAACACUCUUCGCUGGGCCUUCAGUUGUGCUUAGUACGAGAUCUUAG